GUAGGUGUGAAUAAUUUUUUUCUUAUUUCCUGCACUUAAAUUCUUCAAUCUGAGGCCUAACAUUGGAUGUAAGCUUGAUUGAUCACCGGCCCGCAUCCCAUGACUUCAACUUUCUAGCGAUCCACCCAACCUUGGAACCCGCUAGGACGACGUUCCUCUUUUGUCGUACCCCACUUUGCAUUUCGAGCCCAAAGGGCACACCGACAACCAUCGCGAUAUCAUCCUCUUCUAACCCCCCCUUUACCAUUCUUUUUUUAUUUCUUAAGCUGUACCUAUCCUGCGCGACCCUGCCAGCUUUCUUUUAUUUAAAAAGCAAGACCGUCCCUCUGGAUAAUUGGCGUUUUUAGUUGAGUAAAUUCUACCCUACCUACUCUCCCCUCCACCCUUUCAUUUUACUUACCAUCCCACCAUUAGGCUUAGACAAAUCAAGUCGCCGAGAUGUCGUUCAAUAAUCGCAAGUUCUCCAUGAAUAGGAACACUGGUGUCCCGCGAAGAAGAUUUAGUAUCGGUGACCCAAGUGCUAAUGAGACGAGCUCUAAAAUCCACCGUCAAUUCCGUGCCGCAAACCCGGGUCAUCUUCCUCACGCCGGCUUAGACGCAUCGCGUGCCUCCACCGGUGUCGUAUGGUGUACCGAGCGCGCUUCCGAAUAUGGAUUCCUCGAGGAACCCGAGAAGUGGGCCAAUCUUGGCCAGGGUGCUCCCGAGGUUGAAGACGACAUUGAGGGUUGCUUUGAGCGCCCCCACACGAUAGACGUCUCCGUCGCUCUUAGAGAAUAUGGCCCCACUGCUGGUAUCAAGCCUCUGCGCGCUGCUGUCGCCAGAAUGUACAACGAGAUGCAUCGCCAGGGAAAGGAAAGCCAGUACUCAUGGGAGAACGUCGCCAUUGUUCCCGGUGGAAGAGCAGGUCUGAUCCGUAUCGCCGCUGUCCUCAACAACGCUUAUGUCGGUUUCUUCAUCCCCGACUAUACUGCUUACAAUGAGAUGUUGUCCCUCUUCAAGAACUUCGCCGCAAUCCCAACACCGCUUUCCGAGGAAGAUGGAUAUCACAUUCACCCAGAUGUCAUCGCGAAAGAAAUCGCUCGAGGAACUUCAGUCAUUAUUACCUCGAACCCCCGCAACCCGACCGGAAGAGUGGUAGCCAACCCCGAAUUGGCUGAAAUUCAGGAUAUUUGCCGUGGACGUGCGACCUUAGUUAGCGAUGAGUUCUAUUCUGGUUACAACUACACCAGCAAUUGUGACGGUACCACGAUCUCAGCCGCCGAAAACAUCGAAGACGUGGACGAAGAUGAUGUUCUCAUCAUUGAUGGACUCACCAAGCGAUUCCGACUUCCUGGAUGGCGUAUUGCCUGGAUUCUAGGACCCAAGGAAUUCAUCAAGGCUAUCGGUUCUUGCGGUUCGUACCUUGAUGGUGGAGCUAACGCUCCCUUCCAAGAAGCAGCUAUCCCCAUGUUGGAGCCUUCCCUUGUCCGCACAGAGAUGGAAGCUCUUCAGCAUCACUUCAGAGACAAGCGAGACUACGUAGUUAAGCGCCUACGAGACAUGGGCUUCGUGAUUAAGUACGUGCCGGACAGCACAUUCUACCUUUGGCUCAACCUUGAGGGUCUUCCCGGCCCUAUCUCCGACGGUCUAAACUUCUUCCAGGCCUGCUUAGAAGAGAAGGUUAUCGUUGUGCCUGGUAUCUUCUUCGACUUGAACCCCUCUCGCCGCCGAGACUUAUUCGACAGCCCUUGCCACCACUUCGUCCGGUUUUCGUAUGGCCCCAAGAUGGAUGUCCUAAGAAUGGGCUGUGAUGGUAUUGAACGUGUCGUCAACAAAUUCAAGAAGUACUCCGAAUAGAUUAGAUGUUGCUAACAAGCAACAAUAACGAGAACAUAUGCCAGCCAUUGACAUAUUUUACACAGGAAUGGGAUGGUGGAUCUCAUUAUGACCUAUCUAGACAAGACAGAAAAUGGGGGUUAGGAGGUUUAUAGUCUAGCAACACGGGGUCCUAUAGAAGAUACUUAUUAACGAACAAAUGAACAUUUCUUUUUUUUUUA